CCGGGGAUGAUUUUGAUGUGGACGACGAAGGUGACAGGUAACACGAGCGGCGUGUCUCGUCGGUGUCAAGUUGUCAACUUUGUCUACCACCAACAUACAUGUCCUGCACCGUCAAGUCUGCUCGCAGAGGGCAGAAGCUGCAGACUCGCCUCGUACCGGUAGCGUGACUUCUUCUGGUUCGCACGAUUGAAUCAAGGACUGCCUGUGCGCAGAUGAUGGAAGAGAAUCAGGCGAUGAUGGCUUCGGCGAUGAAGUUGAAUCGGGAGGCCUCGAGGGGGAGAAUUGCCCUGUUUGGUCGAUUAAAUUCGCCCGCUUCGAGCUUUGAACUUGGGGCCUGCAGUCAACACCAACAAGUCUUCGUUGUCUCCGUGUAUAACCUUUCUCCCACUCUGCCGCACGACUCUGAGCUGCGCCUGUCACCGGUUGAGACCCUAUGCAUCAAGUCGUCUUGAAUUGAUGCCCUGGGAGACAACGACCGGGAUUCUGGGAUCUAUGGCGCCGUGGUUGGGCUCCCGCGCCCUGUCUUGCCCCUCGCCGUUUAUUGACACCCCCGGCUUGCAGCGACUUCGACGAACUUGUAUUUCUUGUGCGUCUUGCAGGCAAAGGAGCAGUCACAGAUUUUAGGACGAUGCUUUGUCGGAGGACAUUCUGAACAUGCACAUGGUGGCAUCACGGUGAUCCGAACCAAACCGACACAAAAGCCCAACCACGUCCUCCUGUUUUCCUCUUCUACCUUUUCAAAUUACGCUUUCAAGCGUCCAUCUGUGGCUAGCCUCGAGCUCCUGCCUCUUAUCACGGCGGAUCCCAUCACACUCAGGCCUUAUUCUAUGUCAUGGCCAAUGUGUAUGAGUCGAGGAGCGAGACGGACUCUCCAAUGUCCGGCCGCCAGCAACCAGAUGCUCGAAGACGCAUGGGUGUGCUUUCCAGGACCCUCAAUUCCAGCUCCAGUAUCAAGUGGAUUCUUCCAGCCAGGAUUCGUUCCCCUUCGAAGAACGAUGUCGUGUUUGUAGGUUCCACAUUUGUCCAGCUCCAUGAGUUCCAGGACACCGGGCAGCUGGUGAACACGACGGCCAAGCUAGACUUCGGAACACAGAUUACAGACGCCAAGGUCAUUUCAGCGGAACUGAAGAUGGUCCCGAUUGUCGAUGCGAUCCUGAAGCAAGAGCGCGACCAAGAACAAUACACCAUCCGUGGAAGCCCGGUCAGUCGGACACAGCCGCCACAGAUGCUGGUCCUUGCCACUGUCGACAACGAGCUGAUUUAUGUUUACGCGAGAGAAGACCUCGCAACCGAUGUCAAGCUCGUCUUUGCGAAGAGACCCUAUCUGAGAGGUGCUGGUCUACCCAGGAGUCAGUGCCGAUACUUGGCGGUUGACCAUGAAUCUCGUGCCCUUGCCGUGGCCUCCCCGUCGGGUUACUUUGGGAUAUUCAAGCUGCGGUCAGUUGACGACAUUAAAGCAGAGAUUGACAAUUGGGACCCUCUGAGCCACGGCUCGUUUCGACCAUCCGAUGAGCAACGAUUCAUCCAGGUCGAUGGGGACAUUAUUAUGCUUGAUUUUCUGCAAAACCCCGAGUCCGACCCUACAACCGUCCUCCUUCUGCUUCUGGUCCACUCUACCGACGGAACGAACAGCACACUUCAGUACUUGUACAAAUGGGAUACUCGUGGCCCUCUGCGAGCCAUUCAACCCAUGUCUUGCAGCGGUCGUCGACUUCAGGAUAAUGAGUUGCCUCUGAUGUUGAUUCCAUCAACCCGUCCAUAUUCCUUUAUUGUCGUCAUGGAAGGUGGGAUCAGUUUCUACGAAAACAUCCAUUCAUCACACUCGAAACGGGUCAAAUGCCAAUUCGUGGGCAAAGCGGCAGGGCCUCUUGAAUGGGUGCAAUGGGCCAAACCUAGACGUCAUAACAAAUAUCUCGAAAAACGCGACGACCUAGUCAUUGUUCGCGAGGACGGCCUCCUUCAGUACUUUCAGAUCGAGAAGGCUUCCAGUACCAAGUUCACCAUGAACAACACCAUUGGAGAUCUUGGCUUUGACGUCGACACCGCCUUCUGUAUGCUGGCUGGGCCGCCAGACAGAGGGGGCGACAUCAUCAUCGCCGGGGGUAGUAUGACCGACGGCGGCGUCUUCCAUGUUUCUGCUCGAGGUUCACCGCGGCGCACGCAGAUCAUUGAGAAUAUUGCACCGGUGCGGGACAUGAUUCUUACCACGCACUCUCUGGCCAAGAAUAGAGGAUUUGAGUCGAGAGAAGUCUCUCAUCGACUCUACGCAUGCAGCAGUAGGGGUGACGGCCGCGGCGAGCUGUCGGAAAUUCGCUAUGGCCUGGAGGCCCAGAUUGGAUGGACCAUGGAAUGUCCGGAUGCCGCCUUCAUCGACCAAAUAUGGUCACUGGAGAUCAUGGGCCGCAAAGAACUUCUGUUACUGGGCUCAUAUCCAACACAUACGAUCAUGAUCUCAUUCGACCUGGAAACUCAAGAUAUAUCUUUCACGGACAGCCAGAGCCAUCCUGGCUUUGACUUCGACCACCCAACCUUGGCUGCCGCCGUCGUGGGGAAUCAAUCAAUAGUUCAGGUUACUACCAAAGGCAUCAGCAUGAUUUAUCCUCAUACCGAUGGGCAGUCCCCCAAAACCCAUCGCGUCAAGGCCGAUCUGCAAGUCGCAGCGUUUUCGGAAGACAACGCAAUAGUGGCAACCGCAAGCAAGGCCGUUUCGGGCUCUGAGCUCAGAUUGACGCCUGUUGAGACCUUAAGAGGUGGAACGGCGUCAUUCGGUCUUGCACCAUGUACAAAAUUGUCUCAAACCGCUACCAGUAUAUGCUGUUCCAGGAUCAAUGGAAGCCAGACAGUGGUCCUAGUGGGCACGGCCGGCUCCGAGUUGGUUGUCUACGCUGUCAGACCUGAUGAAACACUGCAGCGUCUGUUCCAGAUCCGACCUAGCAACCUUCAUCCAGAGGUCGAGGACUCGGCUAUUACCUCGCUCGUCGCAUUCGGCGCGGACGCGCUUGGGCGUAUACUGGUUCUGUGCGGGCUACGUCACGGCGUCCUGCUGUGUCUGGAGGUUUCAAUGGAGGGUAUAAUAUGCAUUGACUUCUAUAACCUGGGAACCACGCCGGUGCAGGCGUACUCAGAAGACCGGGCGACUGGCCAUUCCGAAGCUACAUCCGCACUGGUGUUGUGCCACUCCCAAGUGCGCCGAGUGACACUUCAUCCAAACAGGACGGCAUUGGAUUACACCAUUUCCAGCGUGUGCGUUACUGAUCGAACUGACCCUUCGACCGGACCCUUGGUAAAUGCCGUCCACCGCAUUCCGAAGCUGGUCUGUACUUCGGCAGACCCAUCAGGGCUGCUCGUCUGUGCAACAAAGGAUGCGCUACUAUUUUGCUCUUUGGUGACCCAAGAGCAAGGAAUCGUGCGAAGGGUUCCAGUCGACGGCGAUCCGCGACGCCUGCAAUUUUCCCAGUACUUGAACAAAUUCGUCGUUGCCUUUGAAAGGUUUAUCCACGUCAAUCAAGAUGUGAAGGAGGUGCACCGCGAUGGCAAAGCACGCAAGAGCUCCGCCGUUCCCGUGCAACAAAUCGGAGUUCAGUUGAUUGAUCCUGCGUGGAAGGAUGCCAAGGUCAGCAACACUUCGGUGAUUGUGGCCGAGGGCACGGAUGAGAGGAUCAACGCUCUCAUCAACUGGGCUCCAACGGAUGGCACGAAUCAUUACGAAUGGGUUGUCCUGGCCCUCGAGCACAAGAUUCCCGGUCACCCCCAGCGCAGCGGGCGGGUGGUCUGCCUCAACGCGAAAAGCCUCAGCAAAGGCUCCUUCGACAGCAUUCAAAAGAUCGCGUUCCGGAGUCCAGACAAACCGGUCACCGCCAUAUGCGCGUACAAGAUGUCGUCGCUCUUGAUCGCUGCUGGCAGGGAGCUCCACAUCCACAACCUGGACUUUGCAACACGCAAAUGGAAAACCCUCUCCAAACACGCUCUGCCGUCGCCGGCCAAGGCCAUCUCAUGUCAAGGGUCGCUCAUUUUCGUGGCCACGUCCCAACAUUCACUGUUCGUUCUGGUGGAUCAGGACGGAAAGCUGUCCCAACACCCCUCCGACACGGAAGCCAGGUCUGCCGUCGACGUGGUGGGCUUGCGCGGCGACGCAGCCGUGUUAUCUGCGUGGAAUGACAGCGGGACCGAUGUCAUUGCAUUUGGCGGCUUGAACAAGGUCAACAACCCCCCUUUCCCCAUGUUCCAUGCCAGCUUGCCACUUAUGAUCCGACGUCUAUGCCUUGAUCCUCUGUCGGUCUCGUCGACAGCCGCACGCUGUCAUUUCUACGGCAGUGCGAGCGACGGCACGAUUUUCCAUUUUACGCUGCUGAAGCCACAAGAAUGGAAACUGCUGCAUUUCUUGGAACAGCUCAGCUACAUGGAACGCAAGACCGUCAAACCCGUUCCCAUCAAGAAGAAGGAUGCCAAUGAUGGUGACAUUGUCAUCAAGCCUGCUCCAACGAAGCUCAAGGAUAUGCAUGUCCGAGGGGAUCGUUUGCUCAUGAUGAUUGAGCCGGGCCCUUAUUAUUUGCCAGGUCUGCUGAAAGGUUCUGACAGGAUGAAGGAGUUCCGGACCCUGGUGCGCGAGGUGUUAGGCGAUACGCAAGACCCGGUUGAAACUGCACUUGUAUGGAUGAGGAGGCUAUUGGCAUAUCCGCCACGGCCAUGAGGACUUUGCAUUGAAGUUUCAGGAGUUAGACACCCGGGUAUCGGGGCCUUCGCUCAGGCUGUGUUAGAUAGGAUCACGGAUAUCAUGAACAACGACACGCUCCAGUGCGUGCGGUUGCAAUGCUCAAGCAGUCGCAUAAGUGAGUCUCACCAUUACGGGCAUUGAAAGCUG